GAAGAAGAAGAGUAAUUUCUUCUUCCUUUUUUCGGGUACUAAUGUAAACAUAACAUCAAAACAGAGCGAGUGUUUUAUUUAUACGUGAAGAUGAUCCGGUAAAGCUAUAUUUUGGGAAAGGGUUUUACAUUUAGGUCUCACGUGUAAUCCCAGCUAGCUAGCUAAGAGAAAGACACACUGUUUAUUCAGAUAUUUGACAGCAAACCCGAAAUCAACAGAGAAAGCUGUAAAAUAAUCCUCAAGAUGCACAGAAGAGGAGUUGGCGCUGGUGCCAUCGCCAAGAAGAAACUCGCAGAAGCCAAGUACAAAGAGCGAGGUACAGUCUUGGCUGAAGAUCAGAUUGCACAGAUGUCUAAGCAGUUAGAAACAUUUAAAACACAUUUGGAAGAGUUUGCCAGCAAACACAAGCAAGAGAUACGAAAAAACUCACAGUUCAGAGUGCAAUUUCAAGAAAUGUGUGCUACAAUAGGAGUGGAUCCACUGGCGUCCGGUAAAGGGUUUUGGUCUGAGAUGCUCGGAGUCGGAGACUUCUAUUAUGAGCUCGGUGUGCAGAUAAUUGAAGUCUGUUUAGCUCUAAAGCACAGAAAUGGAGGACUAAUUACACUGGAUGAACUUCAUCAGCGUGUAUUAAAGGGAAGAGGAAAGUUUGCUCAAGACGUGAGUCAAGAUGAUUUGGUACGAGCCAUCAAAAAGCUAAAGGCAAUGGGAAAUGGAUUUGGGAUGAUUCCUGUUGGAGGCUCUUAUUUAGUCCAGUCAGUUCCUGCUGAGCUCAAUAUGGAUCACACGGUUGUUUUGCAGCUGGCUGAGAAAAAAGGUUAUGUAACAGUGAGCGAGAUCAAGGACAGCCUGAAGUGGGAGAAAGAACGGGCUUGCCAUGUACUUGACCACCUGCUGAAAGAAGGACUGGCGUGGUUGGAUACUCAGGCUGCAGGAGAACCCCAAUACUGGCUCCCCGCUCUCUUUUCGGAAAUUUCUUCCCGUGAUGUCACACCCGAAGAAGCAAAUCAGAUGACGCCAUGACAAGAAAAAUGUUUUGCUAUAUGCUCUGGUGGACAUAAAGUUUUUAACUAAGUAUAAGAAUACUGUAAUUUGUAAAGUAUACUGUAAUUUGAAGAAAUUAAAUCAGGUUGGACACUUUUUUCAUACAUGAAACGUGAAAAAAUAGUUAGCCUAAUAAAAGCAUUUAUUUUCAGUAA